CCCACCCCCGCGCAUGCCCAGGCGGGUUUUCUGUGCGCACGUACGGCACUUACGGAAGCCGGCGGAGAUAGCGGCGAGGGAGGGAGAGCGCGAGAGGCAGAAAGGGGGCGUGGCCGGUCGCGUGACCGCGCUCGCGCGCUCUCUGAGAGAGGGGAACACACACACGCAUACACGGAGACCCGCGGCGACGGCGGCGUCUUGCUCGCGCCAAGAUGGCGGACGAGGCGAGUGAGGGGCUGCCGCGCUCCGUCCUGCCGGGCCCCCUGAGGGGCGGCAGCUCCGGUGGUGGCGGCGGCGGCAGUUCGGGCUUGUCGGCAACGACCGCAGGUCCGGCGGCGCCGCCUCCUCCGGCUCCGACUGCUGUAGCCUCUGCCGCCCCGCCACAGCCCCCGGCGGGCCCUCGCGUGGUCCGCAUCGUCAAGUCCGAGUCCGGCUACGGGUUCAACGUGCGCGGGCAAGUGAGCGAGGGCGGGCAGCUGCGCAGCAUCAACGGGGAGCUCUACGCACCGCUGCAGCACGUCAGCGCCGUCCUGGGCGGGGGGGCGGCCGAGCGCGCCGGUGUGCGCAAAGGGGACCGCAUCCUUGAGGUGAACGGCGUGAAUGUUGAAGGGGCGACGCACAAACAGGUGGUGGACCUGAUCCGGGCGGGGGAGAAGGAGCUGAUCCUGACAGUCCUGUCGGUGCCGCCCCACGAGGCUGACAACCUCGACCCGAGCGAUGACUCCCUUGGCCAGUCGUUCUACGACUACACUGAGAAGCAGGCAGUGCCCAUCUCCAUCCCCACCUACAAGCAUGUGGAACAGAAUGGUGAGAAGUUUGUGGUUUAUAACGUUUACAUGGCGGGUCGUCAGCUGUGUUCCAAGCGGUACCGGGAGUUUGCCAUCUUGCACCAGAACCUGAAGCGGGAGUUUGCCAGCUUCACCUUCCCACGCCUGCCGGGCAAGUGGCCCUUCUCGUUAUCAGAGCAGCAGUUGGAUGCCAGGCGACGGGGCCUGGAGGAGUACCUCGAAAAGGUGUGUUCCAUCCGGGUCAUUGGGGAGAGCGACAUCAUGCAGGAGUUCUUGUCAGAGUCGGAUGAGAACUACAAUGGCGUGUCAGACGUGGAGCUCAGAGUGGCGCUUCCAGACAUCACGACAGUGACCGUCCGGGUCAAAAAGAACAGCACUACGGACCAGGUGUAUCAGGCUGUCGCUGCCAAAGUUGGGAUGGACAGUGCAACCGCUAACUACUUUGCCUUGUUCGAAGUGAUCAAUCACUCUUUUGUGCGGAAGCUGGCGCCCAAUGAGUUCCCUCACAAACUCUACGUGCAGAACUACACCUCAGCCGUGCCAGGGACCUGCCUGACGAUCAGGAAGUGGCUCUUUACUACGGAAGAGGAAGUCCUUCUGAACGACAACGACCUGGCGGCCACCUAUUUCUUCCACCAGGCUGUAGAUGACGUGAAGAAGGGGUACAUCAAAGCUGAGGAGAAGUCCUACCAGCUGCAGAAGCUCUGUGAGCAGCGGAAGAUGGUCAUGUACCUUAACAUGCUGCGGACCUGCGAGGGUUACAACGAGAUCAUCUUCCCGCACUGCUCCUGUGACUCGCGGCGGAAGGGUCACGUGAUCACAGCCAUCAGCAUCAAGCACUUUAAACUCCAUGCCUGCACCGAGGAGGGCCAGCUGGAGAACCAGGUAAUAGCCUUUGAAUGGGAUGAGAUGCAGCGAUGGGACACGGACGAGGAGGGCAUGGCUUUCUGCUUUGAAUACGCACGAGGGGAAAAGAAACCGCGAUGGGUCAAAAUCUUCACCCCUUACUUUAACUACAUGCACGAGUGUUUUGAGCGGGUGUUCUGCGAACUCAAGUGGCGGAAAGAGGUUGAGGAAGAGGCAACGGACAAGGAUAACAAGAACUGCAGCAAAGAGAACAUGUGCAGCAAGAAUAUCUUUCAAAUGAUGCGGACACAUCACAGAGACAUUGCAACUUAGCCUCGAGCAGCCAUGGACAAAAAAAACACAAACCCACAGAGACACACAAAAACAGAACAUAUUAUCCCUUCCCCGCCCCCCUCCUGAAAAUUAACACUUUUAAAAACAAAAAAAGGGGGGGGAAAUGGUUUAUUGUAUUAAAGCCCUUAAAACUAAACAUUAAUAAUACCAUUUGUGAAUUUCAUGUUAAGCAAUUUGGGGUGGGGAGCCAGCAAAGCUGUCGGGGGCGGGAGUCCAGUUUCUUACCAACAAAAGUUGUGAGGUUUUUUCCCCCCUAAUUUGUCUCCCUUCCUGUUGUUCAAAGAUGGACUAUGCUGAGGAUUUUUCUUUUUUCUUACAAACUGGAUAUGGAAAUGUACAUCCAUUUGCACUGUUUGGACAUAUAUAUGUAUGUAUGUAAAAAAAAUUAUAUAUACAAACUAUCACGCACGUAUAUACAUAUAUAUAUAAUUUCA